AGUAACCUUCCUUUCUCGUUAGACUCGCGUUUGUGUUCGCACGUGGAGUUAAAGAGUGAGGGUUAAUUUCAUCUGGAAUUUGGAUUUAUUCGGUCAAAAAAUGGCGAAGCAUGUCACUUCAAAAAAGGAUUCCAGUUCAGCUGAUGAUAAAACCAUUUCAAGAAAACAAGUUGCCGAGAAGAAAACUAAGAAGGAAAAAAUAAAACAGAAUGGAAAAUCUAAGGUCAAGCCUGCACUUGCUCCAAAAAAAUCCAAACCAGGUCCAAAGAAACCUAAAAAACAGUCAAGCUCUUCAUCAAGUGAGUCUGACUCUGAUGAAGAAGAGGAAAAACCUGUCAAGACACUAAAGGCAGAUGUGCUUGAACUCAAGGGACUGAAAAACAAACAGGAUGAUUCCUCAAGUGAAGAAGAGUCCUCUUCAAGUGAUGAUGAGAAAAAAGGGAAGCAACAAAAAUCAAAAGCCAAACCAACUGGGACAGUGAAAGCUGAGGCAUCUUCCUCUGAAUCAAGCUCUGAUGAAAAAGAGAAGAAGCCUCAAAAGUCAGCACCCUCUAAAUCCCCUGCAACAAAAACUCAGUCCAAAGAAGGAUCUUCUGAAUCUAGCUCAGACUCUUCCGAUGGAGAAGACAAAAAACCAAAAACAACAGUGCCAGUGAAAACAAGUAAACAGAAAGAAGCAGGAAAAGCUAAAGAAGCAACUUCUGAAUCCAGUUCAGAUACUUCUGAUGAAGAAGAAAAACAACUAAAAACAGCAAAGAAAAUGGAAACAAGUAAAAAAAAAGAAGUUAAAAAAAAAGAAGCAGCUUCUGACUCUAGCUCAGAUUCUUCAGAUGAAGAAGGAAAACCAAAAACAAAGAAAAUGGAAACAAGUAAAACAAAAGAAGUUAAAACUAAAGAAGCAGCUUCUGACUCUAGCUCAGAUUCUUCAGAUGAAGAAGAAGAAAAACCAAAAACAAAGAAAAUGGAAAAGAGUAAGACAAAAGAAGUUAAAACUAAAGAAGCAGCCUCUGACUCUAGCUCAGAUUCCUCAGAUGAAGAAGAAGAAAAACCAAAAACAACAAACAAAACGGAAACAAGUAAAACAAAAGAAGUUAAAACUAAAGAAGCAUCCACUGACUCUAGCUCAGAUUCUUCUGAUGAAGAAGAAGAAAAACCAAAAACAACAAAGAAAUUGGAAACAAGUAAAACAAAAGAAGUUAAAACUAAAGAAGCGUCUUCUGACUCUAGCUCAGAUUCUUCUGAUGAAGAAGAAGAAAAACCAAAAACAACAAAGAAAUCGGAAACAAGGAAAGCAAAAGAAGUUAAAUCUAAAGAAGCGUCUUCUGACUCUAGCUCGGAUUCUUCUGACGAAGAAGAAGAAAAACCAAAAACAACAAAGAAAACGGAAACAAGUAAAACAAAAGAAGUUAAAACUAAAGAAGCAUCUUCUGACUCUAGCUCAGAUUCUUCUGAUGAAGAAGAUGAACAACCCUCAAAAGGAAAAGCAAAAGAAACAAAUGAUGAGCCUGAUUCUGGGUCAGAUUCUAGCAGUGAAGAUGAAGAAGAAUCACCCAAGUUAAAUGGGGAAAAUGGAACAGCAAAGGAUUCCAGUAGUGAAGAAUCAAGUUCAGAUGAUGAAGAGGUAAAGGCCAAUAAGAAGCUUGUUAAAGGAAGCAAGAAACGGAAGAACAGUUCAUCAGAUGAGGAGGCAAUCACAACAGCUAAGAAAUCCAAGAAAAAUAAAGAGUAUUCGCAAGAAAGUGCAAAUGGAGAUGCUGGAAAUGAAGAGGGGAAAGGUCAGAAGGCUGCAAAGAGAAAGGCAAAUACAGAGAGUGAGGAUUAUGGAGGCAAGAAGUUGAAGCAAGAUGACAAUCCCAACGAAAAUGUUUCUCUUUAUGUCGGAAACUUGUCAUAUGGAACCACUGAAGAGAGCAUUCAGGGUUUGUUUGAGGAAAAUGGUUUAACUCCGACAAGUGUUAGACUAAUAACAAAGAAUGGAGAAUCAAGAGGGUUUGGCUAUGUAGACUUUGGCAGUCCAGUGGAAGUUCAGCAGGGACUUGAACUUGAUGGCUCAGAACUUGAUGGCAGGACACUGCGAAUAAACAUGGCAGAGGCAAGACCCUCCCCAAGUAAUAGAGGGCAGGGGAAAUCACCACGUGGAGGUGGAUCUGGCAGGGGUCGUGGUAAAAGUACUCCAUCAAACACCUUGAUCUGCAUCGGCUUAUCAUACAACACUGAUAAUGACUUACUGAGUGAAGCUUUUCCAAACUGCACUGGUGCACGAGUCAUAACAGACAGAGACACGGGCAACCCAAGGGGUUUUGGAUAUGUUGAAUUUGAUAGUGUGGAGGAUGCACAGUCUGCAAUGGCUUCAAUGGAUGGAAAGGAGCUAGAUGGUCGUUUUCUAAGACUCGAUUUUGCUGAGCCACGGAAUUCCACACCUGGCAGUGGAGGUGGUAGAGGUGGUGGUAGAGGAGGUGGCAGGGGAGGAGGUAGAGGUGGUUUUGGUGGUAGGGGAGGUGGUAGAGGUGGCUUUGGUGGCAGAGGAGGCUUUGGUGGAAGAGGCGGAAGACAAGGGCGUGGUGGUGGCAGAGGAGGGACCCCAGCAAGUGCAGCACGCAAAGGAAAUAUCCAAGAGUACAAGGGAACUAAAAUUUCAUUUGAUGACUAGUUAACUUCUAGUCAUCAAAAGUAACUUUUUCGUUCUUCUUGAAAAUUCUUAAAUUAUUAUGAGCAAAUCAAUUCUUAAAGCAGUGAUCUUAGAAUCAACUUCAGUUUGUAUAUAGUUGAGAGUUUUUAAUGUGUGUAGCUUGGCUUUUCUCUCGGACAUUUUAGGAGACACCUGAAUAUAGUGGCUGCAGUAAUGAUACUGUCCUCAUAAGAUUGAAGUAUAGUCUUCCUCAGACUAGUUAAUAGUGCCUGCAACCACUGAUCGUCAACUACAUCCUUCUUUUAAAUGUUUGCUUUGUUGCUUUAAAAUGUUCAACAUGAGAUAUUUGAUUAUGCAUCUAGCAGCUGUAGUAAACAGAUCUGAAAUGAGCCAAUAUGGAAUACAGUAUAGAAUAGGAAUGUGUACUUUCAGAUGACUGAAGUCUUUCUUACUGCUACUGUAAACCAAGACUUUUGUUAUUUAUUCUACAAAUGUCAUUGUUUUAUACUGUUAAUACCAGUAAAGCAAUGAUUGAAAUGACUUGAUUAUGUGAAGGUUACUAACUUGUUUGAUGCAAAUCAUCAAUUAAAGCAAUGCACAAAAUGACUGCCCAGCUAAAGAUAUCAUUGAAAUGUACAAUGUAUAGAUGGUGUGUGAAAAUUUGCAGCAUUAAAUUUGCUUGUAUUAUUUUAUCUUGAACAAAUAUGUAACAUAUUUAGCAAUGUGUGAAAUCUUACAAUCAGAUUCUAAACAAAUCAGAACAUAUAUCCUUUUAAUCUUUUGGCUUGGCUUCAUCAUGAUCUUUACAAAUAAACAAUUUUUUGUCA